AUGAGGACCACCCGCAAGUGCCGCGCGCUGCUGUCCGUGAGCCUGAACCUGGUGGCGCUGUUCUUCUCCACCACCGCCUUCAUCACCACGUACUGGUGCGAGGGCACCCAGCGCGUGCUCAAGCCCAACUGCAGCCCGCAGCGGCGCCUCAACUGCAUCGACUACGGCGUGAACGAGACGGACCAGAGCAAGGUGCACUACAGCUGGGAGACCGGGGACGACCGCUUCCUCUUCCGCCGCUUCCACACCGGCAUCUGGUACUCCUGCGAGGAGAACAUCGACGAGGCAGGUGAGAAGUGUCGGCGCUUCAUUGAUCUCGCCCCGGCGUCGGAGAGAGGCGUGCUCUGGCUGUCCGUGGUGUCCGAGGUGCUCUACAUCCUGCUGCUGCUGGUCGGCUUCAGCCUCAUGUGCCUCGAGCUCUUCCACUCCAGCAACGUCAUCGACGGCCUCAAGCUCAACGCCUUCGCCGCCAUCUUCACCGUGCUGUCCGGUCUUCUGGGUAUGGUGGCCCACAUGAUGUUCACUCAGGUGUUCCAGAUCACGGUCAGUCUGGGUCCUGAGGACUGGAGGCCUCACACCUGGGACUACGGCUGGUCCUUCUGCAUGGCGUGGGGUUCCUUCACCUGCUGCAUGGCCGCCUCCGUCACCACCCUCAACUCCUACACCAAGACGGUGAUCGAGUUCAGACACAAGCGCAAGCUGUUUGAGCAGGGCCUCCGCGAGGAGCAGAACUACCUGGACCAGGAGGCGUUCCACUACUUCCGGGACCGCUCCCUCCAGUCCAUCUCCAGCGCCGUGGAGGUCUACUCCGGCCACGGCGGCGCCAGAGCCGGGCUCGUCGUUGUGGGCCCGGUUCCCGGUCCGGGUCCCGGACGAGGGAAGAUGAGGGGCACGCUGGCCUCCGUGGACCUGGGGGAGAACACGGACUCGCUGGGGGAGGAGCGGUGCUGA